AUGACUAACGCCUUAAAACCACCGAUUGGGUUGCGCUUCCUCCUACCACCGCCGCAGCUUUCCUCUGCUUCCACAUCGUUCAAGUUCCCAACCAUUCAGCUUCCCAGAAUCAAUUGUAGCCAAUCCUCUUUCGAAGUUAGAGAAGUUAGCUAUCAACCCCCGGAGUGGAAGUGGAAAAACAACCCUGUUGCAGGAAUAAGCAAACCAACCUCAGGAUCUAUUUACAUACAAAAGUAUGGGAAUGAUGGAAGUCCUAGUCAACCUCCAGAGCCCUUGGUGCCAGAAAGGGUUGGUAUUGUCUUCCAGUUUCCAGAGAGGUAUUUUGUUGCAGAUAAUGUGCUUGAAGAAGUCACAUUUGGGUGGCCAAGGCAAAAGGGCAACCAUCAUCUGAGGGAGAAUCUUGCUCUAGGGCUACAGAGGGCAAUUAACUGGGUUGGAUUAAGUGGGAUAUCAUUGGAUAAAAAUCCUCACUCCCUCAGUGGUGGUUACAAACGUCGGCUUGCCUUGGCAAUACAAUUAGUGCAAACCCCUGAUCUAUUGAUAUUGGAUGAACCUCUUGCUGGACUCGGUAUGAAAAUGCAACUCGUGACUUCUAAUUCUAUUUAUUUUGCUAUUACAGUCAAUGAACUUAUUGAUUACUUCUUCCCAUUAAAGGAGGGUGGGACUUGGAACAACAAUAGUGAAGUUGUUGCUUUGUGA